AUGGCUCCCAAACAGCAGAGUAAUUUUGGGCUAUCGAACGGUGCAAAGAAGCCCAUGCGGAGCAUCCAGAAGACCGAGGACCUACUCAAGCACAAUGUGCAUGCAAAGCGGCGGGGUCAAGGGAAGGAACGGGGCGUGCUGAAAGGCCUCCACGACCUGGUAAAGACGUCGAACAACCUACCCGGAUUUGUCUCUGUCGAGCGGUUUGCAGAGACACGCGCUCUGGAAAUCGCCGCCAUGCAGAACGCAAUCAAGGCUGCUUCUGCGUUCUGCUCAUCGCGCGCUUUCCAAUCGCUUCCGAGGCACCUGCGUCGCCGCGCAGCUAGUCAUAAUCCGCGCCGCGUGCCGAAACGUCUGCGGAGCCGCGCUGCCGCCGAGAUUGACCCUGGAGAUAUGACAGACAAAAUCCACCGCAAGAAGGCCAAGCUGCGCGCACGCGGAGACCUGCGAGGACGCAGUCGCACGCUCCAAUUGCGCGCGCGACAGGUACACAAACGCUGGCUGGGGUCGCAUAUCUUCCACGCGAAGCGAUUCCACAUGGCUAACAUCUGGGGUUAUCGCCUGGGAAUGACCCCGACGCUUAAGGGCUUCCGCGCGGCAUACCGUGCCGCGCGUCGGCGCGCGAUCAUGCAGGAUACUAGCUUCGUGGGAGUUAUAGAGCUGCAGGGCACUCAGAAGGACAUCAUCGCCCUUCUCUCAAAAGUCUCGGCGGGGACGUUCACGGGCAAUAAAUACGAUGGAGGGAUGCGCGUGGCCCAUAUCUCCGCCUAUCAUUUUGGCACGUUCCCUCUAGGUCUCAUCGGCCCGGUGGACGUAUUGUGGCAGCCUGCCAGGGAGGACAAAGGCCGCACUGUCUGGCUGCGGGUGCACCCCUCCAUCUUUGACGAGGUGUGGGAGACGAUGACGACUGCGAUUUCGGCACACUCAGACGAGUUCGGGGCCCUUCUUGUUCACGACCUGCGUGACACACUCGAGUCUUUCGAGAUCACUGGGCCCCUGGCAGGACAGGUACUCAGCCGUUCGAUGCGGAUCUGCAACUCCGAGCCCGAGGACAAGAAGCGCGCUCUUGCGUCUCUCCUUCACGGGGACCCGGCCGAGUGCCCAGACGGGAUGAUCGUGGGCUUCAAGGUGUACGACCCUCGGUUGUCUUAUCCUCCUGCGCGCAUACAAGAGACCCCCACCUUGAUCCAGUCCCCCUGGGAGACUCUCCAGACUCCUAAGGGAGUGUCAACGGAGCUGUGGGAUGCCGAUGUGCGCACACCGCUUUCGAAGCCGCGGUGGAAAAAGUCAGAUCUCGACGCGCGCCGGCACCAGCUCGACGUGCCAGGUACUCGGCUCUCCGCAACAGUAAACGACGAUCGUGUGCCUGUUAUUCUCAUUAAGAACACUGUGCAGAGCCAGACCCCAGGACAAGAGGCUUCGGGCUUCCAUAGCUGGACACUCCUCAUCCCGCAUGGGUGGUCGAUGGCGUUCCUCCCGUCGUUUGUCUACUGCAACGCUCGCUUGGCUGGUGUUGUGGAGCGCCGCAACCGGUGCCGCGAGGCUGGAGUUCCCUCAUUCCCCGAACACUACUCGUCGGUCUGUCACGCGUCUGACGCGUGGGAGGCGCAACAAUCUCAGGUAGACCAGGUGCGCUGGCUCCGCAAGCCGCCAGGUAAACGUCCCGAGUUCUCGGUGUUAGGGACCCGGUGGCCCUUCCGCCCAGUGUGGGCUGAGGUGCUGGGGGAUGCUGGAGUGACCUCGGCUGAGGAAACUGCCACGAAUGGUCAAGCCGAGCUCCGAACAUGGCUGUUUAACCCCGCCCUUGCGCCUUGCGUCGCAACUCUCGUCGCGGCCGAGGACCCGGCUGUUCGCCUUCUGGAGUGCGUGAACGUCUUCCGACAGCGUCGCGGAAUGUCGCAGCUGCCACUGUCCGCCACGCAAGAGCUCUUCACCAGCGCUCUCUGCCAGGUUCAGGUUGAGAUGAUCGGGCGCGGCUCGCCAUCCGACAUGGCGACGAUCACCGAGCUCGACGCGGCUGAGCGGAACAUUUGGCUUAACGCCCACGCCCAGGACCAGAAUACGGCAGUACAGCAUAGCGGCGCGAGCGAGCUGCUGAAGCUGGGCGAGGAGCACAGCGACAAGGGUGUGAUCGGCUUUGUGACAACCGGCAACAUCUCGCUCACUCGCGGCGAGGGACAUGGACUUGGUAUGGUUUCACUGGCCGGUUACCACCGCCUCCUGGUUGCUGCGCGUCAGUCCCCACAACCAGAGCUCGCAGUCGUCAAGAUUAAAAACCGCGACGGACACAUCUUCCGCCUCGCGUCGCUCACCCUCGUCCAGUGA